AAAUGGCGCGCAUUGUUUGAGGCGUACAAUUGGCUUUGUGUACAUUUGUUAUUUUGCUCAUUGCAGAACUUUGUGAAACAGUUUUAAACAUUUCGGUUGGCUAUAAAAAAUAAUUUUAUUUUAAAAUGUUGGAAACCAAGAGCAUCGCUGCCUUGGCCUUCAAUGAGACGCCACGCAAACGCAAACGUGAAACCAAUUGCGCAGCCGCAACCCUUAAAUCCGAAGUAGCAGCUGCAGCUGCAGCUGCUGCACCUGGUGCUACAGGAAAUGCGUCGUCAUGCUUCACCAACGCCGCCUUCAGCUCGACGCCGAAGAAAUUGAUUGGCCGUCGUCGUUUGGUCAAAGAGAAUGAGCAACCAAAUCCCUUUGCUGCGCAUCCGGGACUAGAAAUUAAAUCGAUUGCGGAUUUGGCUGCAGUGCAGCAACAGCAAAAGGAGCAGCAGGGACAGCUCUCACUAAAUCCCUUUGAGGUAGUGCGUCAGCCUUCAAAGAAAAAGAAACGCGCCCACGCAUGCUUCGAGAAUCCGGCUUUGAAUCUUGAGUUGCCGGAGCGUCAAUUUAAUCCAUAUGAGGUCGUCCGUGCAACUGCCACGCCCACCAAGGGCUUCGUAAACGAGGCCUUGAAUUUACGAGGCAACGAUGCACCCGCCUCGCUGAAUCCUUUUGAGAUUCAUCGUCGCAGCGACAUCUCCAACGCCGCUGCAAAUCCAACGGGCGUAGAGAAUCCGGCCUUGACCGAGGAGCCAUUGCCCACCAGCUUGAAGAUAGGUUUGCCAUUUACACCGCGGCUCAAUUGUCGCAUCGAUUUCCAUGGUCUAUCGCUAGCUCAGCUCACGCCCAGCAAGCUGCUCGCCGAUAAACUGGUCUUCUCGCCAGUUCCCAAGCAAUUGGAAGCGCCAGCUAAACGUUCGCUGGGCGCCAUCAGCGAGGAGAGCAGCAGCAUGGACAUUGGCAAGGAACUGGACCGCUACCAACUGGAGCUGGAGAAUAGCAUCAAUGAGGCGAAGUUGCGCAAGAAUGGAUUGUUGCUGGAGACGGAGCAGACAGACCUGGAACUGGUUUCCAGUGUCGAACAGGGCAGCGAGGAGCGACGCUACGUGUGCACCACACGCAGGCAGACCUUGACUGAGAUAUUGGAGGCCAAUGAGGAGGAGCGGGAGACGGAGCAGCAGUCCAAGGAGAAGUCGCUCGAGUUGCCUCAGCUGGCAGGUGAAGAUGUGACGUAUGCUUCUGAGGAUUCAGAGGAAGAGCAAGAGCCGGAGGCAGCUGCUGUCGCCGAUUUUAAGCCUCCUCCACGUUUCGUGCGCUCUUAUCGGCCAGGUGGGGCAGCUGCAGCCAUAGCUGGCAGCAAGGAGUCGCUGCACUCCAUAACAUCCGCCAGAUCCACCAAAUCCUUGGAGCUGGACAUUCAAAGCAAUAUACGCAAAUCCAUCAGGAAACCCAAACAGCAGGCAGAGCUGCUGGAACAGGAGUCAGAAAAGCAGAAACAACUCGAGGGCGAUGAUGUGGCCUAUGCUUCCGAAUCGGAGCCCGAGGAAGAGGAACAGGAUGAGCUUAACUUCAAGGCUCCCACACGCUUUGUACGCUCCUAUCGUCCAGCCGCCACGCCGGCAGUUGCGGCUGUAAAUGUGGCAGGCAGCAAGGAGUCCUUGCACUCCAUUGCAUCCAGCAAAUCGGCCAAGUCCGAGGAGCUGCAUGGUGCGCACGGCGUGCGCCAUAUGAUAAGGAAGUCCAUUAGAAAGCUUAUGCCCAAGCCGCAGGCGGAGCACAAGCCAUCGGAGCAGGAACCGGAUUCAUCGGAGAAACCCCAUCACAACAUCUUAACUAGCAUACGCCACAGUCUGCGCCGGCGGCCACAGAAGCCGCAGCCGGAGGCGCCAAAUUGCGGCCCAUUGGACGUCUCUAUUGUGGACAGCAGCGAGCGCACCAUGAAGCUACGUUCCACAAUUCCCCAAACCGAAUACAUGACCAUCGAUCAGCUAACGAACGAGAAGAAGCACACCCUGCGCAACAGUAUCAGGCGCUCUACACGGGAUGUGCUGCGACAUGUGUUCCACAAGAGUCACGAUGCCUACGCGACGGCCAAGUGAGAGAGAGAGCGAGCGAGCGAGCGAGCGAGCGAGUGGGGAGGGAGCGUUAGACAUUGAGAGAUAGAUUC